CUCCUGCACGCAAGCGCAGUGACACUCCUUCUGUCAAACAUGGCUGUGCUUUGGAAGAAGGAAAAAUGCUGAAUUGUGUUGGUAAAUCUCGGGAAAAGCGGCAGACAUGGCUAGAUUGGCUGACUAUUUCAUUGUCGUGGGAUACGAUCAGGAGAAAGCCGGUUCAGGAGAGGGAUGUGGAAAGAUAAUUCAGCGAUUUCCCAAAAAGGACUGGGAGGGAACAGCUUUUCCUCAGGGGGUGGAAAUGUUCUGCCAGCCUGGAGGCUGGAGGCUGUCCAGAGAUCGGAAAGCACCCACCUUCUUCACCGUUGUGCUGACAGAUAUCGAUUCAGACCGACACUACUGCUCCUGCCUGACUUUCUACGAGGCCGAGGUCAACCUGCAGGGAGCAAAGAACAUUGAAGCUGAUGGCGAUGAAGAUGAGGAGGCAGAAGAGGAUGGCCUGAUCCAGCCAGCUCAAGUGUUUGCACCAAAAAGUCUCAUUCUCGUGUCCAGGCUGGAUUAUCCCGAAAUAUUCCGGGGGUGCUUAGGGCUGAUCUACACAGUCUACAUCGAUAGCCUGAGUUUCCCUUUGGAGGGACUGGUGGCCAACCUUUUUACGUUCUUGGUUCCUGUUGCUGGUGGAUCUCAGAAGCUAUUUAGCCUGGGAGCAGGAGACCGUCAGCUCAUCCAGACACCUCUGAACGACACGCUGCCCGUUACAUCCAAGAGUAUUGCUCUGCUCUUCCAGCAGUUGGGAAUCCAAAAUGUUCUUAGCCUAUUCUGUGCAGUUCUGACAGAACAUAAGGUCUUAUUCCACUCCACCAGCUACCAGCGGCUUGGAGAGGCAUGCCGUGCCCUGGAAGCCCUCAUGUUUCCUCUUAAAUACAGCUACCCCUACAUCCCCAUUCUACCUUCGCGACUGCUGGAAGUGUUGAGUUCACCCACGCCCUUCAUCAUCGGCGUGCACUCCAUGUUUCAGAACGAAAUCCAGGAUCUGUUGGAUGUUAUCAUUGCUGACCUGGAUGGAGGAACAAUAAAGAUUCCUGAGUGUAUCCACCUGUCCCUGCUACCUGAACCUUUGUUACACCAAACACAGUCUACCCUGUCCAUGGUUUUACACCCGGAUUUGGAGAUAGCGGACAACGCGUUCCCCCCACCUCGCACCGCACCCUCCAACCUCAAGCUGUUGGACAAGGAGGUGAGGGCCGUCUUUCUCAGGUUGUUUGCACAACUCUUUCAGGGCUACAGGUCCUGCCUGCAGCUCAUCCGCAUCCAUUCUGAACCUGUGAUCCACUUUCACAAGACUGCCUUCCUGGGCCAGCGAGGCCUCAUUGAGAAUGACUUCCUGACCAAGGUUUUGGAUGGCAUGGCCUUUGCCGGCUUUGUCUCAGAGAGGGGUCCACCUUACCGAGCCUGCGAUCUGUUUGAUGAGUUGGUGGCCUUGGACUUUGACAGCUUUAAGGAAGAGGAGGUCAACCCCGCCAAGCUUCAGAAGCACAUCAGGGAGCUCUCCGAGCAGCUUUAUAGAAAUGAGAACCCAAACCCCCACAUGGCAUUCCAGAAAGUGCCUCGGCCCUCCGAGGGAUCCCACCUGCGCGUACACCAGAUACCUUUCCCCGUGCUGGAUGAAGAAAAGGUGGAGAAGCUUAUGGAGGAGGGUACAGCAAAACACAGCAGCGCACCUCUUCCUACACGAACUGAGAAAAAGUGUGUAGUACCCGCUGGACCACCUGUUGCAUCCAUCAUGGGAAAGAGUUGCUCUGUGUUUAACAGCGCUCGCAGGCUGGAGGUCGUGAGGAACUGCAUCUCAUUCAUCUUUUACAACAAGACUCUGGAGACCGAAAAGACGCUGCCGGCUGCACUGCGUGCGCUGAAGGGCAAGGCAGCCCGCCAAUGUCUGACUGAGGAGCUCAGUCUCCAUGUUCAGCAGAACCGCGCCAUACUGGACCACCAACAGUUUGACUACAUCAUUCGUAUGAUGAACUGUGCCCUUCAGGACUGCUCCACCUCUGAGGAGUUCACGGUGGCUGCUGCACUGCUGCCCCUGUCAACAGCAUUUUACAGGAAGUUGGCUCCGGGGGUGAACCAGUUUGCCUACACCUGCAUACAGGACCAUCCCAUCUGGACCAACCAGCAGUUCUGGGAAGCCACUUUCUACAGCGAAGUGCAGAGCCAGAUCCGAGCCCUUUAUCUUAACGCCCCGGAGGGAAAGGGGGGCAUCACCGCCACAUUAAAGGAUGCCGGUGCCGUGCCUGCAGCGGACCGAGAUGAAGAGCAGACAGCCAUGGACCUAGCAGCAGAGCAGCUGCGUUUAUGGCCCAGUCUGAGCAAAGACAAGCAGCAGGAGCUCGUGAAGAACGAGGAGAGCACCGUGUUCAGCCAGGCCAUCCACUACGCGAGCCUCAUGGUUUACCUGCUGGUGCCUUUGGACAGCAGCAAGAACAAGCUGCUGCGCAACACCCCUGCAACUGACUGGGAGAGCGGCAGUAACAGCAUUGUGACAAACAGCAUUGCUGGCAGUGUGGCAGAGAGCUUUGAUACUGAGAGUGGGUUUGAGGACUCGGAAAACAGCGACGUCGCCAACUCUGUGGUUCGGUUUGUGGCCCGCUUCAUCGAUAAGGUGUGCACAGAGAGCGGCGUGACACAGGAGCACAUUAAGAGCCUGCACAGCAUGAUCCCAGGCAUUGUAGCUAUGCAGAUUGAGGCGCUGGAGGCGGUUCACCGCGAGAGCAGGAGGUUACCUCCCAUUCAGAAGCCUAAGAUUCUGCGUCCAGCGCUGCUUCCUGGAGAAGAGUUUGUGUCGGAGGGGCUGCGGGUUCUUCUGGACCCCAAUGGCAGGGAGGAGGCUACUGGGGGCCUCCUUGGGGGCCCGCACAUCUUGCCAGCAGAGGGAGCUCUGUUUCUCACCACGUACCGCAUCAUCUUCAAAGGGAUCCCACACGAUCCACUGGUGGGGGAGCAGGCAGUGAUCAGAGCUUUCCCAGUGUCCACUCUGACCAAAGAGAAGAAGAUCAGCAUCCAGAACCAGCUGCAGAACAUGCAGGAAGGCCUGCAGCUCCGCUCUGCAACGUUUCAGCUGAUUAAAGUGGCUUUUGAUGAGGAGGUGAGCUCAGAGAUGGUGGAGAUCUUCAGGAAGCACCUGCAGAGAAUCCGCUACCCACAGUCCAUCUUCAGCUCCUUUGCAUUUGCUGCAGGACAAACAGCACCUCAACUAAUCCUUCCAAAGCAAAAAGAGAGAAACACUGGGUUCAGAACACUGUCAAAGACGAUUGUCAAGGGAGCGAAGAGGGCUGGAAAGAUCACCAUGGGCCGAGGUAGCCAGCCCUCGCUGAAGAAGACUGACAGAGGCAGCAGAAUGACCUGGCAUGAAGAUGAUGAUAUUUCAAUAUCAGACGAUGGUGAGCCGCCACCCAGCAGCACUUUGAGAGCUUCGGAGAAGUCCACCAUGGAGCAGCUUGUGGAGCAGUCGUGCUUCCGUGACUACCAGCGUCUGGGCAUGGGCACCAUCACCGCCAACUCGUCCCGCUCCAAGUCCGGCGAGCAGUUCAGGAUCACGGCCGUAAACAGACUCUACUCGCUGUGCCGCAGCUACCCGGGACUGCUGAUUGUUCCUCAGGCUGUACAGGACAGCGGUUUACACAAAGUAGCCCGUUGCUUCAGACACAACCGCCUGCCUGUUGUGUGCUGGAAACACCCGCGAACCAAAGCCGUUCUACUCCGCUCAGGAGGCUUUCAUGGCAAGAGCGUAGUGGGGCUGUUCAAGUCGCAGAACCCGUCCUCAGCAGCCCCUGCCUCAUCCUCGGAUUCAUCCAGUAGUCUUGAACAGGAGAAGUACCUGCAGGCUAUUCUGGACUCCAUCCCGAUCUACUUUAAAAUGAAUGGAAACAACACCCUGACCAACCGCUCCCUGAUAGGCCUCUCGCCAGGCAGUGAAAGGAGGAUAUCCAGGAUGCCAAAGAUGGCUCCUGUCCAUUUAGACAUCCCAUUCUCAAACAGCUUUACUAGAGGAGUGCUUGAGUACAGAGAUAAACUGUUCACUCACUCAAACCAAAAGCCUGCAAGUAAGGAGAAAAUCCCCAAUCAAGGCAUGUGGGCCAGCCUGCGCUCCAGCAGCAGACUCGGUCAGCAUCCGCUGGCAGCCGACGUGGGUGCCAGACUAGCAGGGAAGGAUCUGGCACCCCCUGCAGGGAGCCACAGUCUGCAGGCUCAACUCCUCAAACAUCAAGCAGCCCUCUACAUCUUCGGGGAAAAGUCACAUCUAAGGGGCCUCAGAGUGGACUCCUCUCUGAACUGUGAGCUGGUGCCAGUGGACUUUGCAGACACACGGCAGGUGAAAGCUGCUUUUAAAAAACUGCUGAGGGCCUGCGCUCCCAGUGCCACCUCGUCUGACUCAGAGGACUCCUUCCUCAAAGCCUUGGAAGACUCCGAAUGGAUCCAGCAGCUUCAGAAGAUCCUGCAGCUGGCGCUGUUUCUGGUGGAGCUUAUGGACAGUGGCUCAUCUGUUCUGCUCAGCCUGGAGGACGGCUGGGACAUUACCACACAAGUCGUGUCCUUGGUGCAGCUGCUGAGCGAUCCUUUCUACCGGACUCUUGAGGGUUUUCAGGUCCUUUUGGAGAAAGAAUGGCUCUCUUUCGGCCACAAGUUCAGCCAGAGGAGCAACCUGAACCCCAGCAGCCAGGGUAGCGGCUUUACGCCCAUCUUCCUCCAAUUCCUGGACUGUGUGCACCAGAUUUUGGAGCAGCAUCCUCUGGAGUUUGAGUUUAAUCAGUAUUAUCUGAAGUUCCUGGCUUAUCAUCACAUCUCUAACCGCUUCAAGAACUUCCUGUUGGACUCUGACUACGAGCGCUUGGAACACGGCUUGUUGUUUGAGGACAAGGGUGAUAAGCAGGCCCGGAGAGGCAUCUGUAUCUGGGAUUGCAUCAACAGGAUGCACCGGAGGAGUCCCAUCUUCUUCAACUAUCUGUACAGCCCCUCUGAGAAUGAAGUGAUCCUGAAGCCUUCUAUCAGCAUCCUCAGCCUGAAUAAAUGGGACUUCUUCACAGAGGAGACCCUGUCGACUGGGCCGUGUUACGACUGGAGGACUAUGGCUGUGAGGGUGGAGAGCUCGGAGGAGCUGCACACCAUCUCCAACAGCAAGAGGAGGAUUGUCUGGCCGUGUUACAGCAGCGUGAGCCGCGCCCAGCCGGACGCCAUCACCAAGCUUCUCACUGACAUCGAGAGGUUAGAGAGCGAGCUUAACCAGGCCCCGGAAAAAUGGCAGACAACUCUGGAAAGAGUCAGAAUGAGCAUUCAGGAGGACCUCAAGCAAGAGGGAAAUCUCUGUAAGGAUUCGCUGUCCAUCUCAGGCCUCAUUUCCACACCUAACCUGCAGGCCUUCCAGCGGCGCUCCAUGCUGCACCUGCCAGACAGCGCUCUGGUGGAGGACCGCAGCACGGCCACAGCCAAUGGGAUCAACCGCCGCGCCGCAACACUUUACAACCAGUUCACCCCCAAGAGCGAGGAGAACAGGUCUUAUGAGGGCGUCCUGUAUAAACGUGGAGCACUGCUGAAAGGUUGGAAGCCUCGCUGGUUCGUGUUGGACAUUACAAAACACCAGAUGAGGUACUACGACACCGGGGAGGACACGAACUGCAGAGGCCACAUCGAUCUAGCAGAGGUGGAGUCCGUGAUGACGGCCGCGCCCACUAUAGGAGCUCCCAAGCACAUCAGUGAAAAGGCUUUCUUCGAUCUGAAGACCAGCAAGAGAGUCUACAACUUCUGUGCUUCAGAUGCUCCCAGCGCUCAAGUGUGGAUAGACAAGAUCCAGAACUGCAUCUCUGAUGCGUGAAGUAAACAUUACAUCACCGACAUCAGAGGCGGCGCCAGGCAGUCGAGAGCAGACGCGACAGCCGCUAUAUCCAACUUUUAGAUGUCUUUAAUUUGGGGGACCAAACAGUGAAUUAAGUGCCUGGUAGUGGAGGAUGGAUACUCUCCAUCCACUUAUCUGCCUGUUACUUAGCAACCUGUCAUCACUCCACAGGUGAGCUUCAGUUGGAAUCGAGUGACCAAAUUUGCCUGUGCUGUCAGCGCGCCCCACUCCCACCCCCCCUGACAGGGAUAAAGUAAACAUAAGCUGAGGUUUUAGGGGACUGCACUACCAAGGAAAUGUUAUCCUGUUCUAGAUGUACAUAGAUCAAAGCAAUAUCACUGGCCAAUCAAACUGUGGGUUCAGUUUUUGACUUAAAAAUAUUAAAAAAAAACAUUAAAAAAAAAAAAGCUUGUAAAAGAAUUUCUAUCAUAUUUUACUACGAGGAAAAUGUUAUUGCUGCUUACAUAAACGUAUGAACCGCCAAAAACUCAGAGAUUUUUAAUGCACAACAUUAAAAAGCAAUUUUUUUGCACUUAGCGCUAACGUAUGCACUCUUCAUCAAAUAUAGACUUUCUGACAGAUGCGGACAGCGAGGCUAAAGGCAUUACUCGGCAAUGUACAUGUGACGUUUCCUCAUGACAGAUUAAAUGGAAAGAAUUUGCACAGUGAGCUCAAAUGAGUUACCUGAGAUUUUUUGUUUUGUUUUAAUUUAAAAACGUGACGUUUCCUCUGUUUUGUCGAAUGUUCAUUGACUUCUGGUUUAACACUUUUGUCUUGUGUAAUGUAAAUUAUUAUUUUUAUUAAAAGUGUAACUGUGUAAGUGUGGUGGCGUUACAUUUUCCUGUAAAUACCUACAUGACAUUUUGUUUUAUAUACUGUAUGUACUGAACAUAAGUAUACUUUUUCUAACUUUAAUUCUGAUGUGACUGAGUCUUCUUUUUUUCUUUCAAUGUGUUGUUACUGGUGCACAAAACCCCCCGAGUGGCCUGUUCUUUGUUUGUGGUGACAUGUUUUUCUGAAAAUGAAAUGGACAAUGUUGUUGUUGUUGUUCGGACAGGCGCUGUGUCUUUUAAGGGCUUUUUAAAGAAUAUAUAUCAUGUAGGACGUGAUGGUUUUCAGAGUUUAUCGUCCCAUCUGUCCUUUGUGCAGCCUUCACAGCUUCAUUACAAAAGAAGAAAAACACAAACUAUUCAGCCAUAUCAGCGGCGUUACUGUAUCUUUGUACCAUGUUUUGUGGUUGCUCUAAUUUUUUUUUUUUUGAAAAUAAAUCAAACAUACUUGAAACUA